AGCGCUGUGGAUGCAGGAGAGGGAGCCGAGGCUAUUUAAAGAGGGUCAUCCAGUCACGGAUAAAUAGCAGGAGGUCCUCGGCGUUGACUAACCGCCUCUAAAUGGUUUUCAUCCCGCACUGUGUCUCUGUCUGCGGCUUCUUACUGUCCAUUAGUCCGGACUGAGGCCGGUUCUCCCUGCGUCGACCAGAACCAGCUCUUCUUCCAAAAAGGGGGCUAUUUCAUUUCAUCGUUUUAAUUUUUUUCUCUCGGUCCUAGCAACCUGAAUUAAAAAAAAUGGGCAAAGAUUACUAUAAAACGUUGGGCAUCUCCAAAGGUGCCACAGACGAGGAUAUUAAGAAAGCUUACAGAAAACAGGCGCUGAAAUGGCACCCGGACAAAAACAAGUCUGCAGCCGCCGAGGAGAAAUUCAAGGAAAUCGCCGAGGCAUAUGAAGUCCUCAGUGAUCCGAAGAAAAGAGAAGUUUAUGAUCAGUAUGGAGAGGAAGGUCUCAAGGGAGGAAAUGGGCCCACUGCUGACGGACAAGGCAGCACCUUCACCUACACCUUCCACGGGGACCCUCACGCCACCUUCGCCACUUUCUUCGGGGGAUCAAACCCCUUCGAGAUCUUCUUCGGACGUAAAGCCAACGGCAGAGACGACGAGGACAUGGAGGUGGACGGAAACGACCCCUUCGGCUCCUUCACCAGUUUCAACCUGAACGGGUUCCCUCGGGAAGGCCACGUUGGCCCCGGGGGUCAGCAGCGCCGGAAGCAGGACCCGGCCAUCAUCCACGAACUGAGGGUCUCCCUGGAGGAGGUCUUCCACGGCUGCACCAAGAGGAUGAAGAUCUCUCGCAAAAGGCUAAAUCCAGAUGGCAGGACCAUGCGCAACGAGGAUAAGAUUCUCACUAUCGAGAUCAAGCGGGGCUGGAAAGAAGGAACCAAGAUCACGUUCCCGCGGGAGGGAGACGAGUCGCCCAAUACCAUUCCUGCUGACAUUGUUUUUGUCAUCAAGGAUAAGCCACACCCUCACUUUAGGCGGGAGGGCUCGAACAUUGUGUAUCCUGUGCGCGUGAGCUUACGGCAGUCGCUGUGCGGAUGCUCGGUCACCGUGUCCACGAUAGACGGGAAGACGUGCAACAUGAAGAUCACGGACGUCGUCAAGCCCGGCAUGAGAAAGACUGUCGCCGGACAGGGUCUCCCCUUACCCAAAAACCCGGAGCAGAGAGGGGAUCUGGUGGUGGAGUUUGACGUUAACUUUCCCGAGACGUUGCCCGGCAAUGCCAAGGAUGUCCUGAAACGGCAUUUACCCACCUAGGAGGGGAGGACUGAAGAGAAGGGGAGAUGACCGCAUGACAGCACUCACCCUCAUUACCAAACACACUCACACACACACACACACACACACACACACACACACACACACACACACACACACACACACACACACACACACACACGGGGACAGUUCUGACAGUUCACAGAUGGACCUCCUACUGACGAAUGUGCAAUUUCUAUUUUUGAGCUAUGUGGUGUUUUUUUAUAAAUACCAUGCAUGCUGCCAAGUUGAUAUAAGUGCAAGUGAGAGACUGUCUGGGUUCUUGGUAUCUGAAAGUACACAUACGUGGGUCUUUUGCCACAAACACUUUUUUGUUUGUUAUUGGAAUUAUUUGGUAGUGAAUGAGUCUACAGUUGCCAAAAAAAAAAACCCCAGUGAUCCUGGGACUGUAAUGCCAAACAGUAGAUUUUCUUGCUCUCAUUUAGAUUCUACAAGCUUCGACAUUUCGUCGUUAACGUUUAUUUUAGGUAGAGGCCUCGGUUUGGAGGCUGUCUUAAAAUGUGUGUUCAGGUUCUUCAAGAGGACAAGUGGUUGAAUGAACUGGAUCGUCGUGUGUGUGCAUUUUAGAAGCUGACAUGUGAAGAUACUGAACUUGAAUUUUAAAAAAUAAAUAUUUCCACAAGAA